GCUCCGCCCUCCUCCGUCGUCUCUUCCGGUCACGGCCAUAUCGGCACGCUUUAUUUAUUGUGGAAUAGAUAUUUAUAUCUCUUUUCAGUGAUGUGGCCAAUGUUAUGACAGGGACAUCAUAACACGUUGUUUAUUUAACGCGUGUCAGUUUAGUAUAGCUCGCAAAGAUCACCGCUGAACAAAGUGAGCAGCAUCCAGUCAUGGAGGAUGAGAUAGUGGAAACACCAGAGGAGCAGCUGGCAAAGCAGCACCGCAAGGAAAAGAAAGAUAUGCAAGCUAAAAUUCAGAGCAUGAAAAAUGCAAUCCCCAAAAAUGACAAGAAAAGGAGGAAACAGAUGACAGAGGAGAUAGCAAAAAUAGAAGCUGACCUCAGCCAGAAACAUGAGGAGGAAUUGAGGCAACUCAAAUCUACCAACGACCCAGAGGUGGAAGAGGUGUUAAAUGGAGUGGAGACCAUGAAGAUGGAGGGUGGUGAAGAAGAAAAAGGAGAGGAGGCCAAACAGCCACGUUUAACCAAAGCCCAGAAGAGAAGGGACAAGAAGGCAGCCGAGGAGAAGGAGAGGGAGAGCAGGAUAGCAGAGGCUGAGGUGCAAAAUCUGCAGGGUGUGAGGCACCAGGAGGGUUUGAAGCUGGCUCAGAAACUGUCCCAGCAACAGCUUCAGAUCAAGGAGAUCUCUUCUGAUGGCCACUGCAUGUACCGUGCCAUUGAAGACCAGCUGGCACAGCGAUCAAAGUCAGGGUUAAUCAUGAGUGUGAAAGAACUGCGGUCCCGCACUGCUGAGUACAUGAGAGGCCAUGCUGAUGACUUCCUGCCUUUCCUCACCAACCCCAACACUGGGGACAUGUACACAGCAGAUGAGUUUGAGAAAUACUGCAGUGACGCGGAGCACACAGCAGCUUGGGGUGGACAACUGGAAUUGAAAGCUUUGACCCAGGUUCUUCAAUUGCCAAUGGAAGUGAUCCAGGCCGACUCCCCGACUAUAAAAAUUGGGGAGGAAUUUGAUAGUGAAUCCAUCAUCACCCUCGUCUAUAUGCGUCAUGCCUAUGGACUAGGAGAGCACUACAAUUCUGUGGAGCGGCUAAAGGACCCAGCCACUGCAGAGGACAGCUGAGAGGCAGCUCAGUCUUGGUGUGACAUAAACCAAUGUGUGUAAUGCAGAGUGUGUUCAGACCACCAAGGGCCCUAAAUACAGACAC